UUUGAUGUGCCCAACGCCGCCUCGUGAUGUCUGCACUGCAACAGCCCUCGGACAACGAUGCCUUGGCAUUGUUGGCCCUCAAAAACCAAUCAGCUCCUGUGAGUCCUGCGAGAAGAAAAUGGAGCCCAGAACCAAAGGGUGUUGCAAUUGCUAGAUUAGAAAGCAGAGACUUUGAAUAUUUGAUGCGAAAAUCGCGUAUCUCGGUCGGUCGGAACAGCAGUAAAGGAGACGUAGAUGUAAACAUGGGCCACUCGAGUUUUAUUUCCAGGGUUCACUUAGAGAUAAUGUAUGACGAACCAAACUUUUUUCUGAAGUGUGGAGGAAAAAAUGGUAUAUUUACUGACGGCGUGUUUCAAAGGAAAGGGGCACCACCUUUACAGCUGCCAAGGACAUGUACCUUGAGGUUCCCCAGUACAGGCAUUAAGAUUGUGUUCCAGUCUCUGGUAGAAGAUACGACACCGGCUACCACAAUCCCCCCACCACUGUUGAUUGAAACCCCACCCAAGAAAAAGAUUUCUCCGCUCCUCAAAAUAAAUAUCCCAGAGAGAGUGGAACGUACAUUUGACAGUCCGUGUCCUUCACCCACUGGAACUAUUAGUGCUGCCAAUUCUUGUCCAACUAGUCCUCGAGGGGGUACAAGCCACCGUCCUUCACUGUUACCAAAUAUCCAGAUAGCUGCUAUGAAUGCUGCUGCCAAUCCCAGGGAGGAGAGCCCAGUAGCCACCCCACAGAGUACAGACAUGAGCAUUGGGGACAGUCCAAAGGAUGAUUCUAAGCCGCCUUUCUCGUAUGCUCAGUUAAUUGUUCAGGCUAUUACAUCUGCUCACGACAAACAGUUAACGCUAAGUGGCAUUUAUGCGUACAUCACAAAGAAUUACCCAUACUACAGAACAGCAGAUAAAGGCUGGCAGAAUUCAAUACGUCACAAUCUCUCACUGAAUCGCUACUUUGUGAAAGUUCCCCGCUCUCAGGAUGAGCCAGGCAAGGGUUCGUUUUGGAGGAUAGACCCAGCAUCUGAGGCAAAGUUAACAUCACAGGCAUUCAGGAAGCGCAGACAGAGGGGAGUGCCCUGCUUCAGAACUCCUUUUGGAGGAUUAUCCACAAGAUCAGCACCAGCCUCCCCGAGUCACACAGGUGGUACAUUUACACCUGACAGCUUGUCAAGAGAAAGUAGUCCAAUUCCUGAGGGUUUUGAGGGUGAUGUACACAGUCAGCCCACAGUGAUGACCCACCCCCAGAUUUUAACAACUCAGCAGGCGGCCGACUUAUACAGAAUCAGCCAGUCAGCCCCGGGGUCACCAGCAGGAUCUCGUGUGUUAUCUCCCGUCACUGUGACGGCCACUUCCUCCUUGAAUCCUACUGCCACCUCAGCGAUCCAUCAGCUGCCCACAGUCAUCACCAAGCCAAAAGUCAUCGUAUCUAACCCCACACAGGUGGUGCUAAACGGACCAUCCGCAGUUUCCUCCCUUACUAAUGGGUCACACAUGGAGAUCAAAAAGGAAAUCAAUCCACAGUUACAAGAAAAAAUUCAAGCUGUAGUGUCAGCAGGAGGUCUGAAGCCAGUGACACUUGUUAGAAAUCUCACCAGUGGACAAGGUAUGAACAUGGGCAUCGUACAGCAACCUGGGCAGCCCCUCACUGUGAUGUCAUCAGGAGCCCAGGCCCAGGCAGCCACCCUCCUUAGUCAGCCUGUCACGUCACAAGCAGGGGGAAUCACUCUGUUUCCCCAGUCAGCUGUGCAGCUUGUCAGCACAACUGGUUCACAUGUCCCACAGCAACAGUUGCUGGUGACUACAAUAUCUGGAGUUCCUGUGACCUUGACCUCCAAACGUCCGGCAGAGGAAUAUGUGGAAAAUAACGGUCAUGCUUCAGAGCACACGGAAACCAAACAGAUAAAGCUAGAGGUCAAAGAGGAAGCAGCAGAAUAAAGCGGAGAAUUUUAUCAGAUCUAGUAACACCUGUUAGGUUUUGUUUACCUAUAAAUUUGUCAUUUUAGAACGGAUUUUAAAAUUAUGACAUUGACAUGUUUGAAAUCCUAAAGAAUGAAAUAACAGAAAAGAUAAACUGGCACAGUUGAUGACUUUCUUUGUGUGGGUGUAUAUAAUAUUAUUCAGUUUCAGCACUUGAAAUUCAAGUGAUUUACCCUAACACAUAAACUUGCUGUGGAAUGGAGAUGGUUUGGGUUCCUCCUUGAGAUCUCAAGGGAACCAGUUGUGUACAGAACCAGCCAUAGUGCUCAUUUUUGUGAUUAUUUCAUGUAGCCAACAUUGCAGUUAAGGCAGCUCCGUGGCAACCCAUCACUUUCUACAGGAAAAUUCUGACAGCAAUCAACCUAAAAUAAUGAAGUUUAAGCACUGAUCUGUCCUUCUCUUGAUUCUGCAUUGUGUGAAUUGUGUGCAAUAUGUCCACAACAGAAUUCAGAAUUCAAAAUAUCCACUAAGUACUGUAGGAGGCUUUAACAGAUUGUUGUGUAGAUUAUGGCGGUAUUAGAUGUUAUAAUGAAAUAGAAGUGAUUCUAUCGUUACUUGUCCAAAUUUCUUCUUUGUUAUUGCUUUGUGCAUUAAGUGUAAAUUUUAUUGUCUUUUUUGUUCUUGUUUUAUUGUCAUUGAAUGUUAGGAUGAAAUUUUUAAAAUCAUAGUUCUGAAGAUUUUUUUUUUAUUUGAAUUUCCCUUUUUUAGCUCACCUGAGCCAA